AGUGAGUACUUCAGUCGUGGACUGUGAGUUUUUCUGAUCAUUACUUGAUUUGAAUUGUUUUAAUAAUUGUGCUGGAUCUCUACAUAACGAAAUGAAAGCCAUCACUCUAAACAUUCGCUGCUUUCUGUACUUGAUUUUGUGUAUCUUGUCAAAAGCAGAUAUAAUAUCCAAAAGUUUCACAAUGGAACCUUCACUUCACAACAAGGUGUCGAAUAGCAACCUCAUAUCAAAACAUCACUCGGAAUCCAUCCCUGAGUGUUCCGCUAUAUGUGGAGAACUUUGUGCAUGUUUUGGUUUUAAUCCCAAACUAAAGAAGUGCCAUAUCCAUCAGUCAUGUAACCCUGCUGACAUCACAAAAGAUGAAACAGGAUGGAGGUACUUUUCCCUUGACGUGACGAACUUGGCACUCGGAAAGGCAGUUUUCGCAAGUUCCUAUCUUUUAAAUAAUACAAAAGGAUUGCAAAAUGUGGUCGAUGGACGAACACGUGUCACCGAUUUCAAUUUAUUAUUUCACACCGGUUUUGAACUUUACCCGUGGUUGACUGUUAUACUGGGAGGACAAAGCAUCGUGAAGAGCAUCACACUCUAUAACAGAAACGAUCGCGACGGUGAAUGGCUGCAUGACGUUGAAACCAGGGUUGGGAACUCCACUGACUGGACUCAGAUGUCCACCUGUGGAAUGUUUGUGGGACCUAGUGUGACGGGAGGAGUUCACGUCAUAGAGUGUGAGAAACUCUUGUAUGGAAUGUUUGUCACCGUGAAAAUUGUUACACCGAACAACAUAACAGUGAAUGGGACAAAUUGGCUGGUGUUGGAGGAAGUUGUCAUUGCUGGAAUCGUCGUGUAAACCAUAGACUGGGAUACAUAUGUAUCUGUUGGGUCCGCCGCCCAACAUUCUAUCAAAAUCUUAGAAUCAUUAUACAUGUAUACAUGUAAAUCAAAGUUUUACGACGAACUACAAACUCUUGCAUGUUGUUACAAUUAAUGCAAUACUACCUAUACAAAGUUUCAUAUGAACUUGCUAGAAUGUUAACCUCAUUUAAUAGUUUCCAUAGUAUAAAAGUGUUCACAAGGUAUUUCUGUAAUGUCUCUGUAUUUGCUUUUUCAUUAUCACUUUUGUUGUGACAAGAUAUCUUGAAAAGUUUUCAAAUAAAAAGCUUUCAUGGGGUAUAGAAAAGUAGUUGGCCAAAACAGGAAGACAUCUAUAUACUAUACGGUUAUGGGACCAACGGUGAAGGUCAUAACAUAUUUUCAAUAUUUAUAAGUUUACUAUUCUCUCAUUGUGACACGAUAAGUUUGAAAUGUUUUCGACAUAGACUUAGAUCUUUCAUAUUAUAUACAACGGUAGUUGAUGAUUAAAGAAUGACACUUAUAUAUAAUUUGUGGUUGUGGUGUCAAAGGUCACAGCAAAACUUCACUCCAAGCGUAAUAAACUAUCACUGUGACACAAUUUCUUGAAAAGUUUCAAUGUAUAACUUGAUGUUUUACAUCCCAUUCGAGCGAAAGAAAGGUAGUCUAUUAUUACAGGAAGACGUCAACUGACUUGAUAUCGAGAAUAAGACAAACGUUUCAUAUUUUAUACAAAGGUAGUUAAGCAAUAAAAGAACACACACAUAGUUUAUAGUACUAGUACAUGUGACAUAUGGAUUAAGGUCUCGGCGAGGUCCUUCCUUAGUGAGGUCUUUUUUCUUAAUUCAUUGUUUUCAUAAUUCCCCAUGCAUUCCUGAAAUAGCCAACGUACGACGUGUUAUAUACAUUUCAUUUAAUUUUACAAGUUACACGCUUACUUCAUUGGUUGAAAAAUCAGUGGUAUAUAAAAAAAAAAUGGUAACAAUAAUCAAAUUAUAGCACCUUAUAUAAAACAAAUUACUUUAAUGCAGUUUACAGGAUUAAGAGGAGGAAUGCAACACUGAAACGCAAUACGCCAGUUUCGAGAUACGUCCGAGUUAUUUCCCUUUGGAUAACUCUCGUACAAAAUAAAGCGCGAAACAACGUGUUUACACGCGGGAGUGGUACAAAUAUGUACCACUGCAUAAGUGAAUGUGUUCAGUAAGUUACCCACACACAAUUCCAUCACCCGAAUUCGAGUGAUACACAAACUAAGUAAGUGAUGAAUAUUCAGAGAGUAAUCAAAUACCUGGAAUUCUUAUGAUAUCACGUUAUUUCUUUUGUCGUACGUAUCAUAUCCAGAAUAUUACUUACAAAUCGCUUUUAUGUCCCCACUUUAGUAGAACAUUUUUUUUUAUAUAUGAUGUUGUAUUUCCUACAUUUACAAAUCUAAAGAGAGGCCGGUUUUUAUAUGUUGUAUCGUCUUCCUCACUAAACUACAUAAAUUUAUAAUGUGGAAUCAGAUUAAUUCGUGACGACCAAUGUUCGCGGGUAAGCGAUACGAUGUCACUAGGAGAGCUCUACUUGGUUACAAAAUGUUCGAGUACACGUAAAUUCAUGAGUAAGAGUGACCACGAUAUCCAUGAAUAUCAACCCCACCGAACAAUGAUAAUUCCAGAGUAUGUCCACUCUGUCCCACUUAGGCAUUCAAAAUUCCACUAAAUGCACGUCCUACAUGGAAGAGCUCUUAUCUCGAAAUUGGCAUAUUAAAUGAAAUUAAAUGACAGUAUGACAUAAGAUCUUCUAUCUGUAAAAAAAAUUAUCAAAACAAAACACUGUCAGAUCGAUAGCUUAUUUCAUUAUAUACAAAACACUGUCAGAUCGAUAGCUUAUUUCAUUAUAUACAUAUUUUUACAUAGUUUGGCAUUCGGAUCUAAAUUCUUUGCUCAGUAUUUCAUAUUCUACAAAUCUACCUACAAAUGUACAUGUAGUUUCCACUAUGUAUACGCCUGUUUUAUUCGUUGUUUUGUUGUUUUUUACUAUUAAUAAAUCAUAUCUAA